AUGUCUUCCCCAAAGAUCAUCCUCUACACCAACCGUCUCUGCCCUUGGGCCCACCGCGCGCACAUCGCCCUCAAGGAGCUCGGUCUCGACUAUGAAGAAGUCACAAUUGACCUGAACACUCCACGUGAGCCGUGGUAUCUGGAGAUCAACCCCCGCGGCCUCGUCCCCACCAUAUCCUACGAUGGAACUAUCAUAGCCGAAUCUGGCAUUGUAGCCCAAUUCCUCGUGGACGCACACCAAUCCCACCUCCUACCCCCCACCACAUCAGUCUCAAACGCCCUUUACCGCGCACGUCUCUCCUUCUUCGUCGACGCCUUCUUCAGCAAAGUCGUUCCUCACUUCUUCGCCAGCGUCCGCGCUGCUGAUGAGGCCGAGCGCGAUGCCGCUGCCGAGCAAUUGGUCGCUGCUAUCGUGAAGGAGGUUGAGCCUCUCCUCGCCGACACAGAGGGUAAAGGCCCCUUCUUUGGUGGUAGUGAGAAAUUGACUCUCGCUGAGGUUCAGUCUGGCUCGUUCUUGUUGAGAAUCCUGAGCUUUGCUAAGCCUGAGCAUGGCCUUGUUUCUACUAAGUUGAACACUUUGUUGCAGCAGACUCCGAGAUUUAAGCGCUGGGCUGAGGCGACUGCUGCGCAUGAGAGUGUUAACUUUAUUUAUGAUGAGAAGCCUGUUGUCGAUAAGAUGCGGGCUAGGUUUGCGCCGGCGGCGAAGGUUUAA